AUGUCUGAGGCCCCGCAUCGACCGAGACGGUUCAUAGGCUCUAGGAGACUGCAUCAAAUCAAGAACGAUAUCGCGCACAACCCGUCCAAGUGGAAGGACCACAAGAAGCUGUUGGGCUCUCGAAGGCUGGGGUACGCCUACCACACCUGGAGGGGAGCCGUCAACCUUUCCAUGCCCAUAGAGAUCAUUGCAGCACCAACACAACAGCACCAAUACAACCACCAUGACGUGAAGAUCAAGAAGAAAGAAUCCGCAACCUCCUCGUUCGAUGAGCCUCAAGGAGCGACAGACUCGGUAGAGAAGAGCAUCGAGAUCGAGGCCGGGAUAGAGCAGUGCUACCGCGUGGCUUGCGGCUUCGAGGACUACCCCAAGUGGGCGGGGUCGGUACAGCACGUGAAGGUGCUGGAGGAGGAGGCUCCGGGGCUUGGCAGGCGGGUGGAGUACGCGAUAGGAGCCUUCGGUCAGCGGCUCGAGUACACGCUGGAGUACGCACAUGAAGCACCGGAGCGGGUGCAGUGGCGGGCAGUAGACGGGAGCGUGAAGCUGCUGGUAGGCAGCUACCGCUUCGAGGCGCUGGGGGAGGGCAGGACGCGAGUCACGUACAAGCUCGCCAUCGACCCAGGCUUCCCGGUACCGGGGCUCCUGAAGCAGGCGAGCACGAAGCUGAUCGUGAGCACGGCACUCAACGAGCUCAAGCGCUACACUGAGCUGCCAAGCACGCGAGCAGCACUAGAGGCAGCACAGCCCGCAUGGAGGGAAGCGGCCAAGACGGAGGAGGAGCCGGUCAAGACCGAGGCCAAGUCAGCAGAGGCGAAGCUGCACAGGCAGGACACCGCGACGCUUGAGGCAGCAGCUACAGACUCGGUAGAGAAGAGCAUCGAGAUCGAGGCCGGGAUAGAGCAGUGCUACCGGGUGGCUUGCGGCUUCGAGGACUACCCCAAGUGGGCGGGGUCGGUACAGCACGUGAAGGUGCUGGAGGAGGAGGCUCCGGGGCUUGGCAGGCGGGUGGAGUACGCGAUAGGAGCCUUCGGUCAGCGGCUCGAGUACACGCUGGAGUACGCACACGAAGCACCGGAGCGGGUGCGGUGGCGGGCAGUAGACGGGAGCGUGAAGCUGCUGGUAGGCAGCUACCGCUUCGAGGCGCUGGGGGAGGGCAGGACGCGAGUCACGUACAAGCUCGCCAUCGACCCAGGCUUCCCGGUACCGGGGCUCCUGAAGCAGGCGAGCACGAAGCUGAUCGUGAGCACGGCACUCAACGAGCUCAAGCGCUACACUGAGCUGCCAAGCACGCGAGCAGCACUAGAGGCAGCACAGCCCGCAUGGAGGGAAGCGGCCAAGACGGAGGAGGAGCCGGUCAAGACCGAGGCCAAGUCAGCAGAGGCGAAGCUGCACAGGCAGGACACCACGACGCUUGAGGCAGCAGCUACAGACUCGGUAGAGAAGAGCAUCGAGAUCGAGGCCGGGAUAGAGCAGUGCUACCGGGUGGCUUGCGGCUUCGAGGACUACCCCAAGUGGGCGGGGUCGGUACAGCACGUGAAGGUGCUGGAGGAGGAGGCUCCGGGGCUUGGCAGGCGGGUGGAGUACGCGAUAGGAGCCUUCGGUCAGCGGCUCGAGUACACGCUGGAGUACGCACACGAGGCACCGGAGCGGGUGCGGUGGCGGGCAGUAGACGGGAGCGUGAAGCUGCUGGUAGGCAGCUACCGCUUCGAGGCGCUGGGGGAGGGCAGGACGCGAGUCACGUACAAGCUCGCCAUCGACCCAGGCUUCCCGGUACCGGGGCUCCUGAAGCAGGCGAGCACGAAGCUGAUCGUGAGCACGGCACUCAACGAGCUGAAGAAGUAUGUGGAGAGAAGUCAAGUUUCCACUUAG